GGCAGCAGCUGCAUUCAGACUGACGACACUGAGAGAGUAUCUUUCACAAACACUCAUCAUCAGAAAACUUGAAAGAAAACGUCAGAAGGAUCAUUUCAGCAUUCAGAGCGUCAUGGAAGGAGCGAGAAGGCGAAAAAACAGCGUUGGAACCCCUCCCAAUGAUUCUAACGUGAGGAUUGUGCUGCUGGGUAAAACUGGAUCAGGAAAGAGUUCAACAGGAAACACCAUCCUUGGUACAAACAAACUGAACGUGGAUUUCUGCCCUCACUCUGUAACUCAUGAAAGUGAGAGAGUAUGCGAAUACUGUGAGGGAAGAAAUGUAUGUGUGAUUGACACUCCAGGCCUUUUUGAUACACACAAGUCAGAGAAUGUAGUGAAAGCUCAGUUGGAAAAGGCCUUGGACCUUGCUUCUCCUGGUCCUCAUGUGUUCUUGCUGGUAAUCAGGCUGGGUCUAUUCACAGAAGAAGAGAAAAAAGCUGUGGAGUGGUUUGAGGAGAACUUUGGAAAGCAGGUCAGAAAAUACACAAUUGUGCUGUUCACUCAUGGAAAUGAGUUAAGAAAGAGUAAGAGGGAACUACAUGAAUUUCUGAAUAAAUCAUCAGACCUUUUAAAGCUAGUUGACCGAAUGGCAGGUUACCAUGUUUUUGAAAAUAAUAAAGAAGAAAAUGACAAUGAUGAUCAGGUCAGCACGCUGCUGAACAUGAUUGAUACAAUAAAGACUAAUAAAAUAAAUCAGAUGUAUACCAGAGACAUGUAUGAGAGUGCUCAGAGAGAGCUACUAAAAAACAAAUCUAAGAAAUUUGCUGGAAUAGGUGGUGGUGCGGCAGGAGCUGCAGGAGGAGGUUUAGCAGCAGCAGCAGCACUGACCAGUGUAACUGGAUUGGCUAAAGUAGGAAUAUUGGCAGCUGGAGCAGCAACAGGUGGAAUUGCAGUAGCUGGACUAGCAGUCCUGGGAGUGGCAGCAGUAUUUUUCUUCACAGAAAAAAAAAUGAUGGGGGACAAAAAUGAAUAAAAAAGACUGUAAAUAAACUUCCUAUGUGUGCCCACAGAAAUAAUGAGGAUAUCCAGAGCAUAUAGUGUAAGCAUCUGACUGUGUUCAUUUAAAUUUAUAAACGUUUUAAAGAGUCUUGAGAGGAUGAACAGUGAGAUGCUUACACUAUAUGCUCUGGAUAACCUGGAAAAUAGUCUAUGACAAUAACUAUAAUAUGGAUAUGAUACGGAUUAAACACUGUUUGGUCACUGUUUUCAACAAGCCAAUCUUGAUUAUGAUGAUUUUCAUAAAAUGUAUGUGGUUACUCGUUGCACCAGUGUGCAAAUUCAUCAUAUAUAUUGUUCUGCAGGAUUUGGUCAUUUAUCUUGUAAUUGUAAAUAUAUAUAUAUAAUUCCUUGUUUGUGUAGCAUUA